UCUCCGCCAGACAUGCUGCGCCUCGGCGGUCUCUGGGUCUUGAGACUGCGGUCUCCCGCGGCUGGGGUCCCAGCAAAGAACCUCGGCCUCAGGGAGGUCGCCUCCGGCGUUUCUUCCCCGGGCAGCACCUCGCCCAGAGCCCUAAAUAUCUUCGAUCGGGAUUUGAAGAGGAAACAGAAAAACUGGGCGGCCCGUCAGCCUGAGCCGAUGAAGUUCGACUACCUCAAGGAGGAGGUUGGAAGUCGGAUCGCAGACCGUGUGUAUGACAUAGCCAGAAAUUUUUCCCUUGCUUUGGAUGUUGGUUGUGGAAGAGGAUACAUAGCACAACAUUUGAACAAGGAAACUGUUGGAAAGUUUUUCCAAGUAGACAUUGCAGAAAAUGCUUUGAAAAAUAUCUUAGAAAUGGAAAUUCCUACUGUCAACAUUUUAGCCGAUGAAGAGUUCCUUCCCUUCAGAGAAAAUACAUUUGACUUGGUGGUUAGCAGUUUAAGUUUACACUGGGUGAAUGACCUUCCUAGAGCACUUGAACAGAUUCAUUACGUUUUAAAACCAGAUGGAGUAUUUAUUGGUGCAAUGUUUGGAGGUGACACACUCUAUGAACUUCGAUGUUCACUACAGUUGGCAGAAACAGAAAGGGAAGGAGGAUUUUCUCCACAUGUUUCUCCUUUCACUGCUGUCAGUGACUUAGGACAUCUGCUUGGGAGAGCUGGCUUUAAUACACUGACUGUGGAUACUGAUGAAAUUCAAGUUAACUAUCCUGGGAUGUUUGAAUUGAUGGAAGAUUUACAAGAAUGGAGAGAUGAUGGGAAGUGAUGCAGCAUAGUCCACCAGAGGCUUCCAGAUUUUAUCAGGUGAGCCUGGUACUGUGGGGGAAAAUUUCAUGCAGAAGAGUGACUGUCAGAUCACUGUGUUAAAAAACUCAUCCUCCAGCAUUGUUUAUAAGGCAUACUCUAUGAGAAAGGUAAGACUAGAACUAAUAUAGUUCAUUUCUCAUGUUACACAUGAGUAAACUGAGGCACAGAGAGAAAUUAAGUAACUUGCGCAAGGUGAUAAUAAGUGAUAGAGACAGGAUUUAAGUCCAGUGUAGCAGCCUAACUCAGGUUCUGAAAUCUCAACCACUCUGCCUUUAAAAGGUCAGAGGCAGCUGAGAUGGGAAGAGGAGUAGUCCAGGGAUGAAUGGAGGAGGGGAGGAGCUUGGGUGACUACUUCCAGGUAUGUUGCUUUGCCUACCAGAAGAUGGUGUUACCUUCAGAUUGGUUUUUGGUAUUUUAUAUUGUUAUACUUUUUCUUGAUGUUGUAGUGUUUCUCAUUUUAGCUGCCAUUGUUAUUAAUUCACAGAAAAAAAGUCCAGAAUGUUGACAUAAUUUUACAAAACAAGUGUGUAUCAGCUGAUGAAUGCAUGAAAAGUUUUGGAGGCUUUCACAGUAGUUUUAAGGUAAGUUCAAUUUGUUUGUUUUUUAAAGACAAUACUCAGUAUUGUUCCUCCUAAAGCAGAAUGGACUAGAUUUUUAUACUAGCAGUUGAACUUAACCUUAAAAACACUGUGAGAGUCUGUAACAGUCACUUGCUUCCAGGAUUUUUCUGUUAUCCCAAAACCCAGAGCUGGUCAGAAAUUCCUAAAUGUGUUUCCCAGGUUGUCUUCAGUAAAGGUCUACCAUGAUGCAUUAUGAAGUGCUGUCAUUCCAUUUUGAAGAUGAUAAAACUGAGUUUAUAAUUAGAGUUAAGUGACGUUGCCCGAGAUUACUUAAGGAUCAGAACUGGGAUUAUGAUCCCAAAGUCUAGACUUUCUGCACCACACCACACUGCUACCAUGUGGAGAAAGGAAGUUUGGUAUGGUGGUUUGCUUCUCUUGUGAGGCAAGGGUGUGCUCCUCUAGCAGCAGAGUUACUGACUGUGUUAUGCAGUAGUGUUCUUGAAUUUCUUUCUCAGAGAGAACACUAUGCCUGAUCAUCUUAAUUAGUAUAUCUAAUACCAAUUAUUUAAAAGGCAUUUUAGAAUUUCUAGUGUAUUAAGCAUUCCCCCCCAUCCUCGUGUAUUAAGUAUUUACAUUAAAUAAAUUAAACCUGUUUUCCACUGGUAUUGCCUAUAUCUAAUGUGUAGUAAGUCAUGACACUGGGAAGGUGAGCGGGAAUGAAAGCACCACAGCCGUCAUCAACUUAGAGUCUUUCAAUCCAGCUUCCAGUUUACCUCUGGUCACUUGAUAUGGUUGGUACUCACAGUGUAGGAGAAUGUUUUUAAAUCAGAUUAUGUAAUAGGUCUCUAAUGUUAGCCAUGGAAGCCUUCAGAGAUCAUCUGGUCUGGCCACCUAGAAGACCCACAGCAAUUGGUCUAAGGUCAUAGCUGUGUUGUCGUGACAGUAAGAAUACGAUCCGCCAUUUUCUUCAUGACAGUCUAGUUCAUAUGUCUGUUGUUUCAUGAAUUGGGGCUGUUGUACUCACAGGAUGCUGGACAUUGCUUUUAGUAUCAGAGAAUCAUUAUUUUAAGGAAUAAUAGGAACCUUUUGGGAUUGGAGAAAAAAAGGUUCACUUAUUAGAGCUGAUUUGUUGAUUGUUUUUAAUAAAGCCAUUGAAAACUUCUAAAGAACAACUGAUAUUGGGAAGUUUGUUGGGGCCUUUUUGUGAAAGGAGAAAAACAAAAGAAAGAACUGAUUUUUGAUGGUAUGGUAUAUAGAGAAUGAAUGUAAAGGAUUUUUACUUUGGAAAUUUGUUUCAAUUUCUUGGACUAGUUUAAAAUGUGGCCUUUCAGUGGAAUUUUAAGUAUGUGCAUAAAAAAAUUAAAUACACAGCACUCAUUGUAGAAAAAUAUCAAUCCUAGCUUUUAGCUAUCGACUUGAAGAAAAGAAGUCUAGGGAUGCCUCGGUGGCUCAGUGGGUUAAGCAUCGGCCUCCA